AAUUUUCGCCGAAACCGGUGCAGCAUUUGCUGCCAUGGCACGCCAUGCGCACUCCGGUUCUGAAGUUCCGUGGUGGGUACUUGCAGCUCUGCCGUGGCUGAUUUUGAUGCUGAAGGACUCGCCCGGGUCCAUGGAGUCAGAAGGGCGGCGACUUCACGACGCCUGUCGAGGCACAUUGGCCGAUGUGGAGGACUCUAUGAGUCCUCCGGCCAAGGUGGUGGCCAGGAACGAAUCUGGCGAAUUCCUCGAGGUGUAUGUGCCUUGCUGGCUCUGGGUGACGCCCUGCGACCAUGUGGUUUUGCCGCCGCAGGGGCUCACUUUCCAGCACCCCUUCGGGAAUUGGACUGCAGGAGCAGACAAGUUCCAUGCGGCCUUGGACCAGACCGAGCAUGCCUUUGGGAGCAUUACCAUCAUUUGUGCUGCGGUUUUUGCGGCGGUCAGCAUCGCCGUUGAGAUAUAUGGGUUUUUGCACCAGGAGUACGUGAAGGCUCACGAGACGAAAGAGCAGCGUAAGCUCCGGCAGCUGGAGGAGGAGGUGACUUUAAAGUAUGGGGUGAUGGAGCUUGACGAUGCAGACACUGAGGAGCAGCUGAUGCAGGAUCGUAGGGACCGACUGGAUGAGAAUGCGCCUGACUUCAUCGCACAAGGGAAUAUCUACCGGGUCCUGGCUGUGAUGCAUCCGCUGCCGAAGAUGAUGGUGAAUGGCCGCGUGAUGGAAGCAAUGUCGCUCUGGACUUUUCUGGGCAAUGCGCUGAAGGCCUUGAUUUGCUCCUUUAUGCAGCUGUCCUUGCCAGUUUCGAUCAUCAAGAACACGCUGGAAGAGUGGCAGUUCGAUGGUGCCAAGUCUCCCCUUUGGUUCAUGGAGAACUACAUGGUCUUCAUGGUCAUGUUUGCCUCCUUGGGAUCUGUGUGCGCCUUGUUCCAGGGCCGGGUCGUUCGCCAGAUCCGCAACGGUGCGGAGGGGAGCUUCCACAUCCUCACGCAUCGGACCACCGCGGGGGUGCAUGAGCAGCACGCCCUUCAGGCAUACUUGAAGGAGGAGCCGGACACGCUGGAGGUUUGGGAGGAGGAUCUGCUGAAUUACAUGCAUGAACAUGACGAAGAGUCAGACAGUAUUGAAGAUGACAACCGGCCGAACAAGAUGACACAGUUCUUCAACAUCAUGGUGUACAUGAUGACGCCCAAGCUUCGACUAGGCCUCCUGCGUCCGAAACUCCUGGCCCAGCGAGUAGCGCAGAAGUUGGACCAGCCAAGCCCGGAGACGGCGGCGAGAAGGAACCUGACCAGAAUGCUGGACGGACGCAGAGACAGCCACAGCCUGGGGAAGUCCAGCAGAGUGGCAUCCACUCAACUGCAGCAUGGGCUGCGAGAGGACGGAGCCAACCACAAGCUGUCGGGUCGCACCAAGAGCUCUACCAAUCAAAGCUACUCGCAGUUGUUGACGCAAGAUGAUGAUGAGUAUGACGAAGAUGAGCAGGAGAUGAUCGAUCUCUACCAGCGGAAUGCCCCCAUGCUCCGGAUCUUGGAUCGCGCCAACCGAGUUCUUUGGUGCUUCGUCUCGGAGGCGAUGACCAGCGCCAUGUCCCUCAUGCUCCAGUUUUGCAUGUUCAUGAAGGUGGCCACGUUCACGGGGCAAAUCGCUCAGAUUGCGGUCGUCGCUGUUUCGUUGUACUUUGUCUUUGACCUGGACACGCGCAUCUUUGAGGCAGACACCACCCUGCGGCUUCGAUAUCGCCAACACGUGAGGAAGCUGGUGGUUAAGACAAAGCCACGCUGGCCCGGAAAGUUUUUGCUGAGCAGCGCGUUCUUCUUCACAUGGCUGGCGCGGCUGGUCACCCCAAUGGCCUUGUACGGCAUCGUGAUCUUCGCCUGGAAGAACCGCAGGUGCCCCAACCUGGUGAUCGGCGGCUGCGGACUGGAUUGAACGAGAGGGUUUCACCACAUGUUUUCCGUCCAAAGGCUUUGGGCCUUUGGGUCUGUGGGUGUCGGGCCUGAAGGCCAGUCCCUUGGAGAUAAUUAUAUGUUGGCUCGGA